GUUUAUCGACCCACAGAAUUAUACCGAACAGAAAAUGUGUAUCAAGCCGGCUAUUCCACUCGCCAAGUUCGCAAUUGACACUACAGGCUACGAUCCUUAUCCCCAGUAUACUUACGCCUACGAUGUCCAGGACGCGUUAACGGGUGACGCGAAGAGCCAGCACGAAAGCAGAAACGGUGACGUCGUAAGUGGCAGCUACAGCCUCAUCGAAGCCGACGGUACUAGACGAAUCGUCGAGUAUACUGCUGAUCCCGUGAAUGGAUUCAACGCUGUGGUGCGCCGGGAACCGCUGGCGGUGGUGAAACCCGUCGUCAAAAUCGCGCCGCCGCCACUCGUUUAUCAUCCUUGAGAGACAUCUCCGUGAUAACGCCGGACGAGAACUAGUCACAUUAUAAUUGUACAUACAAUAAUGACGUUGUAUUGACAAUAUAUUGUUAAUAUAUUGAUUUUUAUUAAAAAAAUUUUUUAUAAACU